AUGACAAUCGCAGAAACACAAACCCAACAGCCCCAGAAGCCCCUGUCGCUAACAUGGGAGCAGCCAUCCCAUCGAUCUGUCACGGUGCGCCGCUCGGAGAUCCUUGCCUCUGGAUCUGAUAUCGCCGCCCCCACCUUCUGCCUCACGGCGGUGGCUGCCCACGACAUACCCACAAACUCCCUCGUCGCUGUCAACACCACCACCACUCUAGCCUCGAUCAAGGACUACUCGACCGUGCAGAUUUCUGUGUCUGAGCACAUUAGGUUAAACUCCGACCUACUCUACUGCAACCACUCCUGCGACCCCAAUGUCCGAUUCGUGACAUCCACGCUUGUCUCCAGCCCAAAACUCGAACUGGAAGCCCCCGUGGCGGGUGUUCUAGAAGUAUGGAGUCUUCGAGACAUCCCCGCUGGCGAAGAGUUGAGGUUUUUCUACCCUAGCACGGAAUGGGAGAUGUCACAGCCUUUUCGCUGCUGCUGUGGGACGGAGGAUUGCUUGGGCUGGGUUGAUGGAGCGAAGAAAAUACCAGCUAAAAUUUUGGAUCGGUACUGGCUGAGCGGUCAUAUAAGGUUGCUAGUUGCUGAGAGGGGCCGUAUGAACUGA